AUGGGCCUUGUUCAACGAGUUGGAAAAUGGUUGCCCUCAGCGCCGAGUCUUCCUAUUGAUGACUCGUCCUCGGAAAAAGGACGCAAAUUUCCCAGAUUUGCAUUCUUCAGGCGCAGGAUACGGUUGAAGGGCAACUCUUCCAUUUCCAUUCCCCUGGGUUUCGUUUUAUUAUUCCCAUGCAUUGUAAUAGUUCUCAUUUUGCUGCUAUUUGUACGACAUCCCGCCUCCCCUGGGGGCAUCUUAAUACCCGCGGGCACGCCGCCGUCUAUAAGAAAAAUAAGUGAGAGAUAUGACAAGGUAUUUGCCACAGGCUGCCUACCCGUUGACAAGACGGAUGGUCCUCGAGCAAAUGCGGCUUUUGUUGUGCUGGCAAGAAACAAGGAGAUUGACGGCGUUAUCCAGUCGAUCAAGUCGAUCGAACGGCACUUCAACCGCUGGUAUCAUUACCCCUACGUGUUUUUGAACGACGCCGAUUUCGAUGAUGCAUUUAUGGAUACAGUCAAGAACUACACAAGCGCUCCUGUGGAGUUUGGGAAAAUUGACGAGACGAUGUGGGGGUUCCCUAGUUGGGUUGACCACGAGGUUGCCAAAGAAGGCAUUCGGAAACAAGGAGACGCUGCGAUCAUGUAUGGAGGCAUGGAGAGUUACCAUCACAUGUGUCGAUUCUAUUCCGGGUAUGGCUUACCCUGA